GCGGUAUCGACCCGCGCAUUCAGUUGCCACUGUUCCGGGAAACGCUCCGCAGCUAGGUUAAGCCAAUCUGAAACACAUAGCUAGAUGAUAGUUCCGUUAAAAGUUCCUACGCGUUAGAGAUGUGGCCGUUGUCGGCGUUGGCGUUGUCGGCGCUGCUGGCGGUGUCGGCGCACGAGCUGGACCCGGCGGCGUGCGCGGCGCGCUUCGACGUGCAGCGCGACAAGAUCAUCCGCACGGAGGAGUCGCGCGAGAUGGGCGCGCGCUACCUGGCCGAGCUGGACGUGGGCGCGCGCCAGGAGUGCCUGCGGCUCUGCUGCGAGACCGACGCCUGCGACGUCUUCGUCUACGAGGAGAAGAGCCCGGGCAGCUGCUACCUGUUCGCGUGCGGGCCGCCCGAGGACUUCCGCUGCAAGUUUACCGCACACGGCAACUUCAGCAGCGGCGUGCUGGCCGUAGCCCGCCGCCGCGCGGAGCAGCAGGACCGGGCGCUGUUAGAGCAGCAUGAGCGGGCACUGGCUAGUCUCAGGGCAAGCACGACGGCAAGCACAACGACGUCGGCGACGACUCUGCCGCCGCCGCCGCCGCCCCCGCCGACGCCGCCGCCGGCGCCGCAACUGCCGCCCCCGCGUCGUUGCAGCCGCUACCAGUUCGAGUGCCACACCGGCGGCGAGUGCAUCGCCGUGUACAACGCCUGCGACGGCGUCCCGCAGUGCGCCGACGGCAGCGACGAGGCGCCGGAGCUCGGCUGCCCCGCGCCGCCGACCCGCGCGCCCACGCCGGCGCCGCCCACACAGAUACAGGACAUAAGCGUGGAGGUAGGCGGCGAGGGCGCGGCGGGCGAGCGCUGGCCGCAUCGCCUCGCGCAGGCGCAGCCGCACCGGUACAGCACCAACGAGGUGGGCGGGUCGCACAUCUUCAGCCACAAGGGCGGGCUGCUGCAGCAGCCGCGAGACGAGGCGCCGGCGCCGCCGUUCUACGAGCCGCAGCCCGCGUGGCCGAGGGCGCCGUGGCCGCAGCCUCAGAAUGUGAUGGACUCCGGCUGGGGCAGCUACGCUCGGCCGGAGUGGCCGGAGCCCGACCCGCGGCGCGCGUGGCCCGUGCCUCAACCCAGGCCCGAACCGGACAUUCCGGUGUACAUCCCAUCUAAGACGAUGCCGGAGCUACCGCUGGCGUACGGCGGGCAGCAUACACUACGUGACGCGCCGAAGAAAGGGCCUCCGCCGCCACCGCCGCCGACGCCGCCCACGCCGACUCCGGCGACCGCGCCGCCGGCGCCCAAACGGGAGCAGGAGAAUUUAUCCAAUAAGUCUGUUAAACAAGAGGCAAGUAUACUUACUGUCUCUUCGCCGGCGGCGGCGAGCGGCGCGGGCGCGGGCGCGGGCGCCGACAUCGAGGUGCCGCGCUACACGGCGGCCCACGCGCCGCACUUCCUGAGCGACGAGCGCGACGGGCUGAGCGAUCAUCCGCCUGCCGCCGUGCUUCUACUCGUGCUUGGUGUGCUAAUGACAGCUGCCAUGGCGGUACUAGCGGGAUGCCGCGCACGCGCGGCUCGGCGUCGGCUCCGGCGCGGCAAGUCGCCCUUCGCCCACGACGCCGACUACCUCGUCAACGGCAUGUACCUGUAGGCGCCGCCGCCGCCCAAACGCCGCCGCCGGAAAAGUGAUUGUGCUCGUGGCGAACUUUUAAGAAAAACUAAUGAGAUCGAUUCACGAAGACCAAGUUGGUUUUUGCCUUGUUAACAAAACGUGAGCACGUUAUACAAAGUUAGCGAUUUAACUUAUUAUCGUGUUAUUAUCACUCUGGUUGGCUCGAGUUGUUCGUUUAAACAUUAUUAUUAUUACACUUUUUAAAAGGUAAGAAUUGCGUAACUUAAUCUUAUAUUUACUUAAGUGAUCUAAGACCUUCCACAAAAACUUCUAAGUGAUUAACCCUUCCCAAUCUUGCCAUACUCGAAAUUAUUAGUUAGUGCGGAAGCCCUAAAACGUUUUGUUCAUAAAGGCAAAAUAUAACUCGGUCCUCCUAAACUGAAACAAAGUGAUAACUAUAUAUCUUGUACAAUGUUUGAGCAGUAUCAAUUGUGGAGGUGUACUUAACUAAGUAAAUUCUUUAGAUUUCGAUAUCCCGAUGUUCCGACUUGUGCUUUUUCGGCGGAACUGUCGGAUUUAUUUUGCGAUUGAAUUAAAACUAAGUAGGUCAUCAUUUUUAACGAAUGUUAACUGUUCUGAUAUCAAAUUGUUAAUACGAAUUAAAUAAUAAGAAGGAAUUAUUCAUAAUUAUAAAUUGUCUUCGGGAAAUAUGAAAGAUGGGAAGUAGGAAAGUAUCCAGGUUACCUGGCCAUAAUAUUCUGACACCUAACGAAAUAUAAAUUUUUGAAAUAUCUACUAAUUACUAGAGGAAAUAAUCACCGCCUUUUUAAUACGGGGCACAGAUAUCUGGGUGAAUAAUCAAAUAUACUUUCUCCAUUUGUUUGGUGUCUUAUUUAUUUAGACGAAAAAACUUCCGAGUGUUCGGAUUAAGUUUCCAAAUAAAUAUUACAGAUCUGUU